CGGGUGCACCACGCCCUCCGCAGGCUGACGCGGUGGCACCAUCUGGGCGGUCUUGCAGCAGCGGGACCUUCGAAGCGUCGCCCCCAUGUUUCUGAAAGGUCUUUAUUUAAAAAAAUGUUUUUCUGCUUAACCUACCAAGACUUCGUAUUUGCAACUAAAAACUGAGUGAGGCCAGGAUGUAAGCGAUGAUCAGAAAAGGUCCUGAAACUGAACACAACGGCCACCGGCCCUUCUCCAGCCCAGCUCUGCUUGCCUCCGGACCGCGCGUUGCCUUUCUCUGUGGACUGUCACUUCUCCAUCGGUGAGGCAGUCGGGGGAGCCCACGUCUAGACUUGUGUUUUGGGUGAAGUCAUGCUGAGAAUGACCCUCACGUCCUUAGCCUGUCAGGUUCCUUAAUCCAACCGUGAAUCCGCACUGGCAAGCAAGUGGUGGAGAACAGUUUGGGCUGCUGGAGAUCAUACUCCUGUGACUCUCUGGAGGAGGAGACCGUUCUUCAGAAAAGGGGAGCCACUGUCAGCUGGGAAGACAGCCCCAAAGAAGUCUACUCUGGGAGUCUGGAGUUUCUCAAUCAUGGCCUGCUCUGCUCUCCCUGAUCCAUCUCUCCCCCAGUGGCAAACUGCUUAUCCUUUAUACCUAGUGCUUCACUCUCAUGCCACCCAUCCCAGCGUCCCUCUCUACACUGGCCUCACUGUCUUGACACAGUGAGUGACCUGAUAUGAGAGUCAGGUAAAAUUGUAUUAACCCUGGUUUAUGAGCUAUGACUAUAACAAAAAUAUUUUAAUAACUGAAUUUUUAAAUCCAUAAACAUAAGCCCAAAUCAGCAAAGUGAUGCCAUUUGAAGUCUCAGGGAAUUUUCUCCGGAAUGUGUCUCCACCCAGAUGGCUUUAUCUCCAAUUCUGACCCCAAAGUAAGAGGAUAUAGUUUGUCAUCAGUGUUGGGUCCAGAGGGACCAGGAAUCAGGAGGGAAAAUUACUGUUACCUGUCUGUAACAAGGCUCGCAGGGAAUGUGGUCCCAGGGGCACGGAAGCUCCUGUAAACAUCUGUCUCUAAUGCCCCCAGACAGCCUUCCGGCACUGAGAGCUGAGACCGCACACCCUGCUCCUCACUCGCUUUGCACCUGCCUGUAUUUCCAAGAUUUUCCAACCCUUAUAAUACAGAGGCGCACUGGCCAUUUCCUCAAGGUGAUGAACACUUAAUAGCUACAGCAUCUGCUUCUCCUAGGUAAGGUUGUAACUGCAGAGAUAUCAGUGUUUCUUGACUAAUGAGAAAUUCUUUGAGGAACCCCCUUUGCUAAACCCAACUUCAGGAGUAAAAGUCUUGAAUCCAUCAGCCGGAGCUUGAAACGUGAGCGUGACCACCUGUUUCUCUUGUGCCUGUGAUCUGCCAAGCAGCAGCUGCAGGGCUGGGAAUGUUAGAGCAGAUAAAGGCCAUGGAAGACUUUGUAUGUGUCUGUGUAUUGUUUUCAUGUUAUGCUUUAUAAACUAAAAAAAAAAAAAAAGCCUGGUGGGAACUGGACUCAUCUAGAACCAGGAAUCGGAAGUUGAGGAUGUAGGGACGAAGGACAAAUCCUGUGUGAGCAACUCUAAUAUAGUUUGUUAACAUGAGCGUAGCUGGAGCUCAGAUUGUUACAUCGAAACCUUGAUCUUCUAGGUUUUGGACCCCUGUCUUUUUCUCCUGCCUCUGGGCCCAACCCCAUGAGAGCAGCCAACCAGUCAAGUGUCUCCGAGUUCCUGCUCCUGGGGCUCUCCAGCCAGCCCCAGCGGCAGCAGCAACUCCUGUUCAUCCUCUUCCUGACCAUGUACCUGGCCACGGUCCUGGGGAACCUGCUCAUCCUCCUGGCCAUCAGCGUGGACGCCCGCCUGCACACCCCCAUGUACUUCUUCCUCAGCAACCUGUCCUUCGUGGACCUCUGCUUCUCCUCUACCACCAUCCCCAAGAUGCUGACCAACCACAUCCUGGGGAGCCAGACCAUCUCCUUCUCGGGGUGCCUGGCGCAGAUGUACUUUCUCUUCAUGUUCGUGGACAUGGACAACUUCCUCCUGGCCGUGAUGGCCUAUGACCGCUUUGUGGCCAUCUGCCACCCCUUGCACUACUCUACCAAGAUGACCCCUCGGCUGUGCGCGCUGCUGGUGGCCGUGUCAUGGGUCAUCGCCAACCUGGACGUCCUCUUGCACACCCUGCUGAUGGCUCGGCUCUCGUUCUGUGCAGACAAUGCCAUCCCCCACUUCUUCUGUGACGUGACGCCCCUCCUGAAGCUCUCCUGCUCUGACACGUCCCUCAACGAGAUGAUGAUCUUUAUUGAAGCAGGACUGAUAACGCUUGCUCCAUUUCUUUGCAUCUUGGUGUCAUACAUUCUCAUCACCUGCGCAGUCCUGCGAGUCCCGUCCACCCAGGGGCGCUGGAAGGCCUUCUCCACCUGCGGCUCCCACCUGGCUGUCGUUUUGCUGUUCUACGGCACCAUCAUCUUUCUGUAUUUCAACCCGUCUUCCUCACACUCACCUGACACAGAUAUAGCAGCUGCUGUGAUGUUCACAGUGGUGACCCCCAUGCUGAACCCCUUCAUCUACAGCCUGAGAAACAAAGACAUAAAAGGGGCUCUUGGAAAAGUGAUUGCUAUGAAAUUCUUUUUUACCCAAUAAUAGAAGGGACCAAGGGAAACAUGGAGGGAGCUGAUUUCUAAAAAUAUCUUGUUUGUUUUUCCUGUUGUGUGAAACUUAAUACUUGUGUUCUGUAAGAAACAACGCUCUUCUAUUUGGGGAGAACGGAACUUCUGACACAAGCUCUCCAGUUAAAGUAGGAGAGAGCCUUUCAUCAAAUAAGUCGAUUAUUUCUACAUCAGUGCUCUCAAGUCAGAACCCACUAGCAACACACUUCUAGUUGAAUCAUUUAAGAAGGUGCUAGAAAGGAAUUAAUAUAUAACCUGGGCUUGUGUGAAUGAAUCUUAGUGAGGUUUUGAGGAAUUAGAUCUUUGCUCUGGAUUACAUGCUGUCACAAAGUAGGGAUACUUCUGACUGCGUCUAUUUAUGUAUUUUAUCUAGAAGGAGGGCAGUCUGGUCUGAGGCUAAAGCUGUGAUUGACAACAGAGCAGUCAUAUCAGCCAGCUUAGGCGAGUGUUUGGUCAUUUUUGUGGUUUGGACAACGUUCCUGUUCUUGUGUUCAGACAUGAUUAAAGACUGGCCCUGUCCUGCUCCUUCAUGGCCUUAGAUAGUGGCCUUUCUGCUACUGAUAGUCCGUGCAAUUCUCUGUGUUCAUUAGGGGGGCUUCGGACUUCGCCGAGUCCAGGUCAGCUCCCGGGUGUCAGGGCUGCUUGCUCUAUUAACUGAGGCAAGAGGUGUGAGCACCUUCUAGUAGGAGGGUCUGGCUAAUGUGGGGGCUCGAAGGGGCAGGACUCAUUUAGGGCUCUAGUUCUGCCUAGUUCUGCCCUGCACUCAAGCUAAUUUUUUUGCUUAUCUGAGUCUUUGGUAUCAUAUAGCAGCCCACCGGGAAUAGGAAUAUGCUGGAAAACAGAAACAUCUCCCACAAUCUCAGUGCCCAGCCUCGUCAAUUAGUUGCAUUUUUUCAUCUCCUUCUCCACCUAUGUAAAUGCACUUGGACAUUUAUAUAGUUAAGAAACUAUUACUUCUAGGGGAAGGAAGUGAAUAUUUGCAAAACAGUAGUUUAUUGCAGUGCUCAAACAGAUACAGCCCUUGUCCCUAUGGAGAUUACAUUCUGGUAAUAAUUUUAAAGAACUAAAAAGUGGAGGUAGUGUCACUUGAAUGGUGAUUGACCUUUGUCAAAUACUCUGUGUCUAUUAAGGUUUUUCAUCUUUCAUUUUCUUAAUGUGGUGUAUGACCUUUAGUGAUUUGCAUGUGUUGAUCCAUCUUGGCAGCACACGGAUAAAUCCCACUGGACUCUAGUGUAUAAUGCUUUCAAUUAAUAUGCUAUUGAAUUCGUUUUGCUAGUAUUUUGUUGAGGAGCUAAUGGGUCUUUAUAUCAUUUGCUGUACUUUACAACUACAGAAUUUUCAUUUGGCUGCUUUUUUUCAUAUUUUCUAUCUUUUUAUUACUCUUUGAUGGGGUGUUUUCAGCACGCUUUCAUUUCUUAAUCAUAUUUCCUUUAGUUCUGUGAACAUUUUAAUAAUGACUGCUUUGAAAUAUUUUUCUGUUCUAGCUGACAUCUGAUUACUCUUACUGGCAGUUCCUGUUGCAUGCUUUUCUUUAGAUGUCAGUCAUAAUUUCCUGUUUCUUUACAUGCCUUUUAUUUUUUUCUUCAAACUGGACAUUUUAUAUAACAUAUUGUAGCAUCUCUGGAUAUGCUUUCCUCCCCACUGGGAUUUGUUAUUUAACGACAGACUGGAUGGAUUAUUUUAGUGAAGUUUAUUCCACCUCACCCCACACUCACUUGGUGUGAAGGUCUUGCUUUGUCUUCUUUUAUAUAAGUAAAAUGUUUUAUCCAGUG